GGUCAAACCAACCAAUUUAAGAAAAACCCAGUUUCACAAUGGCGCAUUUGUUGCUGUAAGCUCUUGGACCAACUUCUCUGUUUUCCCCUCCUCUCUCUAAUCCUAAUGCUUUUCGAGAUAACUCCAUUGAAAACAUUGCCCCCUCCUCUCUUUAAUCCUAAUGCUUCUGGAGAUUAACGCCACUGAAAACAUAGCCCCCUCCUCUCUCUAAUCCUAAUGCUUUUUGGAGAUAACUCCAUUGAAAGCAUAGCCGUUACAGAGAGAGCACUGUAUAUGGAAAUGGAAGGAUUUGGAAAUAAUGGGUGAAAGAAAUACAGUGAGAGACGGGAAAGAGGUGAUGGAGAAAUGAUUUAGGAAGCUGUUUGGUUGAGAAAUGUUUUAGGUAGAGAAGUUAGAGAAAGAGAGAGAAAUGUUGCAGAGGGCUGGAAGUAGUUCCUAUUCAUGGUGGUGGGCGAGCCACAUCAGAACAAGGCAGUCAAAAUGGCUGGAGCAGAACCUCCAAGACAUGGAGAUGAAGGUGAAGUCGAUGCUGAAACUGAUAGAAGAAGAUGCGGAUUCGUUUGCAAAGAGGGCAGAGAUGUUUUACAAGAAGAGGCCUGAGCUUGUGAACUUGGUGGAGGAGUUUUACAGGGCCUACAGAGCAUUGGCUGAGAGAUGCGAUCACAUAUCCGACGAGCUUCACAGCGCCAAUAGCACAAUAGCCACCGUCUUCCCCGAACAGUUUGCCAUGGCCGAACCAGACUCACUCUCGAACCCUUCUCCAUCAAACAAAACCCCACAAUCGAAACCUCCUCCAGGUCGGCUUGAUCCGAAGAUUGAACAUGAAAGCCCACAAAUACUCGAAGAUUUUGCAGCUCGAAAAGCCACCCUUCUCUCUUUAGACCCGAUCGAAGCUCAGAAAGAGGUCGAUAGACUACGAAGACAAGCUCUAACCUUACAAACUGAGAAAGAGUUCCUCAAAAGCAGCUAUGAAAAUUGCCUUGCAAAAUAUUGGGAUGUCGAGAAAAAAUUUCAAGAGAUUCAGGCUGACAUCUGUUGCUUAACUGAAGAAUUCGAGCUGUCUCCAAGCUUCGGUGAAGAAGAGGCCCAAGCUUUAAUGGCUGCUGCCGCCUUGAAGGCAUGUGAAGACACUCUAGUGCAGUUGAAAGAGCAGCAAGCCAAGGCCUUGCAAGAGGCCCAUGUUGAAGAUUCAAGAAUUAAGGAGCUAGAAGAGAAGAUAAACUUUCUUUUGGGAAAUGGGGUAAUUUUAAAGCCAGAGAAUGAGAAUUCAUUUGAUAGGGGUAGUGAGAAAAAAUCAGAAGAAGAUGGAAAUGGAGUAAAGCCAGAAGAUCCAGAGUUCAAAAUAGCUAGCCCAAAGUCUACAGAAAAUUUUCCAGAGAGCUCAGAUAGUUCUCUAAUGGCUCCUGAAUUGGGCCAAAAGAUUGAUGGAUUGGUUCAUAGAGUAAUCAUUUUGGAGACCCAGGUUUCAUCUCAGAGUGCUCAGAUCAAACUCAUGAAAUCAGAGAAUGAUGAGCUCCAGAGGAACUUGCAGAGCUUUCAGGAAAAUAAAAUGGAGGAUGAGAAAGAAAGGGAGGAAAUGGUGAAGGGGAUUGCAGCGAAGUUGAAUGAGAUCAGAAACCUCAAUAGUCGUGUUGAAGAACAGGGGAACCACCUAAAAAAACAGCUCGCUAUGUCAUGCCGUGAUUUGAAUGGACUUGCAAUUAAGUUGGAGAGUUUGAGAAGCCCUGAUGAAACCGAAAACUUGGGUUCUUUUGGGUUCGGAGGAGAUGGGAUAGAGGUUGAACAUCAGGAACAGAUCAGAGAAGAUGCUGAGGUUGAGAAAGAGACGGUUUUGUUGGAAGAGAGAGGCAUAUUGGAUGUUGAGGUAGAGAGACAGAAGAUUUUAACAAAUCAAAGAAGUUUAUCAAAUGGGGAAGAGGAAAGAGAGAAGACUUUGCACAAGCAGAAGAAUUUGAUGGGUGAAGAAGAUUUUGAUCAAUGGAUGCAAAAUCAAGAGAAAUUGAUGGAUGAAGACAGAGAGAAGAGACUACAAAAUCAGAAAGUUUCAGUGGAAGAAGUCGAAGAGAGAGAGAAGACUUUGCAGGAUCAGAAAGAUUCAAAGCAAGGAGAGGAAGAGAGAGAAAGGGCUUUGCAGAACCAGAACAAUUCAACGGACUUGGAGGAUGAGAGAGAAAUGACUAUGAAGAUACAGCUUAGUUCAAUGGAUGGAGAUGAAGAGAGAAAAAGGGCUUUGCAGAACCAGAGCAAUUCAACGGACUUGGAGGAUGAGAGAGAAAUGACUAUGAAGAUACAGCUUAGUUCAAUGGAUGGAGAUGAAGAGAGAAAAAGGACUUUGCAGAACCAGAACAAUUCAAAGGACUUGGAGGAAGAGAGAGAAAUGACUAUAAAGAUACAGCUUAGUUCGAUGGAUGGAGAUGAAGAGAAAGAAAGGGCUUUGCAGAACCAGCAAAACUCAAUGGAAGGUGAGAAAGAGUGUGUUUUGCAGAAGAAGCAAAGCUCAUUAGAUCUUGGGGAAGAGAACGAAAACACAAGUGGAUACCAAGAGAGAGGUAAAGCUCAAGAACCUGAUAUAGAUUCAGAUGAUUGCCCGAAUUGGCAGCACCUAUUCCUCGAAGGACUGGAAGGUAGGGAGAAGAUUUUGUUGACUGAGUACACAUCGAUUCUUCGAAAUUACAAGGAAACAAAGAAAAAACUCUCUUUAUCAGAAAAACAGUACCAUGAUGCUCUGUUCGAAACUGCCACUCAGAGAGGCCUGCUAGCCAAUUUAGAGAGCGAAAAUACUUACAAAGAUGAGCUGAUCAACUCUCUGAGGCAGCAACUGAGAGAGAAGGAAAUUGAAACCCAGAACUCUGAGACCCAAUUAAAGAAUGAUGCAGAAAAACCAGCAAAGGACUUUGAAUUCACAGGCUUUAAAGGGAUGGAGAUCCCAACUGUUGGAAGUUUCAGGAGCCUAGUAACUUACAGCUUUAGAGAGAAACCAAUAUCAGCAAUUUCAACAGAGGAUGACGUAAAGGUGGUGUUCAUGGACGAGCCCAAACCCGCCCUGGACAUGGAAGAGAAAUUCAGGAGAGACAUAGACAUUCUCUUAGAAGAAAAUCUUGAGUUUUGGUUAAGGUUUAGUACUUCUUUCCAUCAAAUACAAAAGUUUCAGACCACUUCACAAGAUUUGCAGGCUGAGCUCUUGAAAUUAAAGAGCCAUAACAAGAAAUAUGAAGGCUCAACGACCUCUGACCAAUCUAUUAAAGCAGAGGCCAUAAGGAUCGAGACCCAAUUCAAGGCAUUACAAGCCGAGCUCUCGGAAUGGUUAGAACAUCAUAACGAGCUCAAGAAAGAGUUGCAGUGCAGGUUCACUUCUCUCUGUAAAAUUGAGGAAGAACUAACAAACACAGCCAAGUCGAGUAAGCAGGGUGAGAGCAUUGAAGACAGAGAAAACAGGGGAACAGAGAGAGAAAGUGGGGUGGAAGAGAGAGAAUUCACUGCUUAUCAGGCUGAGAAGUUCAGAGGAGAAGUUUUAAAUAUGCAGCAAGAGAAUAACAAAGUGGCUGACGAGCUACAGGCAGGGUUAGACCACGUCCAAGGGCUGAAAUUCGAGGUCGAGAAGGCUCUUUCGUGGCUUCAAGUAGAGCAUGGAUUAUCACAGAGGCAUAGCGGGAGACAUUCACAUGGUCGGAUGAGAACACCCCUGAGAUCCUUCAUUUUCGGGGUGAAACCGAAGAAGCCUUCCAUCUUCUCUUGCAUGAAUCCAGCUCUUCAGAAGCAGUUCAGUGACCUUAGAGCUGGGGUACACAUGUAGCCCAAUUGACAGAAGGUCAACUACUGCCUAUUAUACAUUGGUCGGAUGAAACUUAAUUACUUGGAAAAGCAAGAAACAAAAUGUAGUUGCUCGAUCCAGUGCAGAGGCCGAAUACAGAGCUAUGGCUUCAACUACAAGUGAAUUGAUGUGGCUAAAAUACUUGUUUCGAGAUAUGAGGCUCCCAAUAGUCAAUACAAUAGAGAUGUUCUGUGAUAAUCAAGCAGCUAUGUAUAUAGUCUCCAAUCUAG